AUGGAGCCCACUGCGGAGAGCGAGAAGGAGAGUGAAGGAGACGCGAUGACAGGGAAGUGCGUGAAUAGGAUCCUGGUGCCAAGACCUCCCUCCAUUGAGGAAUUCACCAUAGUGAAGCCCAUUAGCCGUGGCGCCUUUGGGAAGGUGUAUCUCGGGCAGAAAGGCAGCAGGUUGUAUGCUGUGAAGGUUGUCAAAAAAGCAGAUAUGAUCAACAAAAAUAUGACUCAUCAGGUACAAGCUGAGAGGGAUGCACUAGCACUGAGCAAAAGUCCUUUCAUUGUCCAUUUGUAUUAUUCACUACAGUCAGCAAACAAUGUCUACUUGGUAAUGGAAUAUCUUAUUGGUGGAGAUGUCAAGUCUCUCCUACAUAUAUAUGGUUAUUUUGAUGAAGAGAUGGCUGUGAAAUAUAUUUCUGAAGUAGCCUUGGCUCUAGACUAUCUUCACAGACACGGAAUCAUCCACAGGGAUUUGAAACCAGACAAUAUGCUUAUUUCUAAUGAAGGUCAUAUUAAACUAACAGAUUUUGGCCUUUCCAAAGUUACUUUGAAUAGAGAUAUCAAUAUGAUGGAUAUCCUUACAACACCAUCAAUGGCUAAACCUAGACAAGAUUAUUCAAGAACCCCAGGACAAGUGUUAUCUCUCAUCAGCUCUUUGGGAUUUUACACACCAGUUGCAGAAAAAAACAAAGACUCUGCAAAUAUUAUUUCAACCCAUGUAUCUGAAACAUCGCAGCUUUCUCAAGGACUAAUUUGUCCUAUGUCUGUAGAUCACAGGGAUACUACUCCUUAUUCUAGCAAACUACUAAACUCAUGUCUUGAAACAGUUGCCUCCAAUCCCGGGAUACCUGUGAAGUGCCUAACGUCUAAUCUCCUGCAGUCCAGGAGAAGGCUGGCUACAUCCAGUGCCAGCAGCCAGUCCCACACCUUCAUAUCCAGUGCGGAGUCUGAGUGCCACAGCAGCCCCCGAUGGGAGAAGGACUGCCAGGAAAGUGACGAUGCACUGGGCUCUACAGUGAUGAGUUGGAAUAUAAUAGAAAAGCCUUCAUGUACAAAAUCUACCGAUUCCAUUGAAACCAAAGAUUUCAAUAAAAAGGAUCUUGAGUUAGUGCUUUCUCCCAUUCAUAACAGCAGUACCAUUCCUGAGACUGGAAGCUCUUGUGUAAACCUGGCUAAAAAAUGCUUCCCCGGGGAAGUUUCUUGGGAAGCAAAAGAACUGGAUAUAAAUAAUAUUCAUGUGGCCACUGACACAGCACAGUCUGGUUUUCACCAGUCAGAGGAGUGGGCUGUGGAUUCUGGUGAUAGGACUGAAGAGCACCUCGGAAAAAGAGGUUUUAAAAGAAAUUUUGAGUUAGUUGACUCUAGUCCUUGGCAGAACAUCAUACAGAAUAAAAAAAACUGUAUAGAGCAGAAGUCUAGAAAUGAAAUGAGCGAUGGUUAUAUAAAUCAAAGGACAGGCUUAACAACUGAAGUCCAAGACCUGAAGCUAUCGGUAUGUGGUCAGCAAAGUGACUGUGCUGAUAAGGAGAACAUGGUCAGUUCUUUCUUUGAUAAACCACACACCCCAGAAAAAUCACCUACCCCGAUGAUAGCAAAAAACCUUCUGUGUGAACUGGAUGAGGAUUGUGACAAGAAUAACAAGAAGGACCUCCUAAGUUCUAGUUUUCUAUGUUCCGACGAUGAGAGAGCUUCUAAAAGUAUUUGUAUAGACUCUGAUUCAUCUUUUCCCGGAAUUUCUGUCAUGGAAAGUUCAUUAGAAAGGCAGUCCUUAGAUCCAGAUAAAAGCAUCAAAGAAUCCUCUUUUGAAGAAUCAAACAUUGAAGACCUACUUACCGUAUCACCCAGCUGGCAGGAAAAUACCUUGCCGAAAGGUGAUGAGAAUCCUGCUGUCCAAGGCAGUAGCCAAAAAAUGUUAGCUCCGUCUUCGGAGGUGUUGAAAACAUUAACCUUAUCUAAAAGAAAUGCUGUAGCUUUUCGAAGUUUUAACAGUCAUAUCAAUGCGUCCAAAAACUCAGAACCAUCCGAAAUGAGCAUUACCUCUUUAGAUGGAAUGGAUAUUUCCUGUGUUUAUAGUGGUUCAUAUCCCAUGGCUAUAACCCCUAAUCAAAAAGGAACAUCCUAUAUGCCAUAUCAGCAGACCCCAAAUCAGGUCAAAUCAGGAACUCCAUACCGAACUCCAAAGAGUGUGAGGCGAGGGGCAGCCCCCGUGGAUGAUGGGCGGAUUCUUGGGACCCCGGACUACCUCGCACCUGAGCUGUUAUUGGGCAGAGCCCAUGGAUUUCUGACUUCCGGUCCUGCAGUAGACUGGUGGGCACUUGGAGUUUGCUUGUUUGAGUUUCUAACAGGAAUUCCUCCUUUUAAUGAUGAAACACCACAACAAGUAUUCCAAAAUAUUCUGAAAAGAGAUAUCCCUUGGCCUGAAGGUGAAGAAAAGUUAUCUGAUAAUGCUCAAAAUGCAGUAGAAAUACUUUUAACUCUUGAUAAUGCAAAGAGAGCUGGUAUGAAAGAGCUGAAACGUCAUCCUCUCUUCAGUGAUGUGGACUGGGAAAAUCUGCAGCAUCAAACUAUGCCUUUCAUACCCCAACCAGAUGACGAAACAGAUACAUCCUAUUUUGAAGCCAGAAAUAAUGCUCAGCACCUGACUGUAUCUGGAUUUAGUCUAUAG